AUGGAUUCAGAUCGAUCGGAUUCUUCCAUUUCAGCGGUUUCUUCAAAUUCCGAAUUAUCACCUAAUUUACUAACAUUUCCUACAACAAUGGAUUUAAACUAUGGCGAUUUUCCUAUUAAGCAAAAACAAAAAUUUAUAAAAAAUGUUGAUGAAAUUUUUGAUCUUACAUCCCAGUACGGAUGGUACCAGUUUUUUGUUCUCCUCACUAUUCAGUAUGCAAUGAUGAAGGAUGUCUGUGAUUUAGUAUCGAAUUGCCCGGCAAAUGAGACCGAACGAUUUUUUGUCUCAUUAUACGAAGAAGAUGGAAUAGUUUGUCCGAAUUCGCAUUUACCUCAUCAUCUGCAAACGAUUCAAGCAAUUGGUUCAGCAAUUGGAGCAUUAUCAGCUGGCCAUAUUGCCGAUCGCUAUGGCCGAAAAUGGGUAAGUUAUUCUGGAAUGUUGCAAAUGAUCAUUUUUGGCAUUAGCGGUUCAUUAGCAAUAAAUUGGAUUAUGUUGGCUCUAGCAAUGUUUGGAAUGGGCUUCUCAUAUGGAAUUAUGUUCGAUGCAAGUAUGACACUCGCCUGCGAAACUGUUGGCGCUAAAUAUCGAAUUGUGCAAAAUCUUGCUUUUCAAUGGUCCCUUACUAUACAAAUCGCAUCACUUUGUGCCUAUUUGACUGGCAGUUGGCGUAAAUAUUUAUUGGUUAUAAAUACGCUGCCUUUACCUUUACUUAUUUUACUAUUAUUUUGGAUUGAAUCGCCUCGUUGGUUAAUACAGCAAAAACGUUAUAGUGAAGCAGUAAACAAUAUAAAUCGUAUAUCGCAGUGGAAUAAUUCAAGUAUAAUUAUUAAAAACGAGGAUUUGCUGCAUAUUAAAGUAGAUAAUAGGCAAAGCGGAUCAAUUUGCGCUUUAUUUGCAAACGAAAAAAUGAGAAAAUAUUCAUUUGUAAUGUUUCUUGCUGCCUUAACUGUUGAAAUGUGCGUCGCUGUUAUAUUAUUCGAUGUUCAAAUUCUUGUUGGUAACCCUUUUUUAAAUGUCGCAUUGUAUGGUAUUUUACGUAUCUGGGUACCAUUAUUUAUUAUUUUGCUUGAAAUUAAUACAAGUUGGUUUGGAAGACGCGUUUUAUAUAUGUCAUCACAAGGUGCAACAUUAGCAUGCUAUGUGUUGAUUCUUAUUCUUUCAUUUUCACCUCAAAAUUAUGCCACAAAACUAUUAAAAACUUGUUUCGCUAUAUUUGGCGGAAUUAUAAAUUGUUCAAUUUUCUUCACUAUCUAUAAACAAUAUGUUAUGGAAUUGUACCCAACUGUUAUAAGGGCAUUGGCAGUUGGUGCAUUUGGUGUGAUUGAACGCAUAGGUGGUGCAAUUGGACCACAAUUAAUAAAUAUGAAUCAAUCAGUUUGGCCACAUUCUUCAAUUACAAUAACUACUCUAGUUCUUUUAAGUUCAUUGGUAGCUGGUUAUAUUAUAUUACCGGAAACUAGAGAUCAGUCAAUGCCAGAUGUACUCGAACAAACGAAUUUCAAAUGUCGUCGAAAUCGUGAAAAAUGA